CUCCACAUGAAGAGGAGAAGAAGACUUCCUUGCGAUUCAUCUGUCGCCCUCCAUCUCAUUCGUGCACCAGUUUAAUCAAACCACAAAGCCCUAUACACUUUACUUACUUAGCACUACUCGUGUCCCGUUCAUGUGUGUACUAUCGUUUAUCUCCUAAAGAAGGACAGAUUCUACUCACAACAACAACUCCCUCGGGGAUCACUCACUCACUCCCCUAGCCCACACUGAUCUUCAACAACAACAACCACCAUGAUCACUGGGAGGGACAUGUACGACGUGCUUGCGGGGGUGGUGCCGCUCUACGUGGCGAUGAUCCUGGCCUACGGGUCAGUGCGGUGGUGGAAGAUCUUCACCCCGGACCAGUGCUCGGGGAUCAACCGGUUCGUGGCGGUGUUCGCCGUGCCGCUUCUCUCCUUCCACUUCAUCUCCACCAACAACAUAUAUGCCAUGAACUACCACUUCAUUGCUGCCGACUCCCUGCAGAAGGUGGUCAUUCUCUUCGCGCUCUUCCUCUGGCACGCCUUCACCAAGCACAGCAACCUCGAGUGGAUGAUCACCCUCUUCUCUCUCUCCACCCUGCCCAACACGCUGGUGAUGGGUAUUCCUCUUCUCAAGGCCAUGUAUGGCGACUUCUCGGGCUCUCUCAUGGUCCAGAUCGUGGUGAUGCAGAGCGUCAUUUGGUACACCCUCAUGCUCUUCAUGUUCGAGUACCGAGGCGCCAAGCUGCUCAUCAACGAGCAAUUCCCCGAGACCGCGGGGUCCAUCACCUCGUUCCGGGUCGAGUCCGACGUUGUCUCGCUCAAUGGUCGUGAGCCGCUGCAGGCCGACGCCGAGAUCGGUGAGGACGGGAAGCUCCACGUGGUUGUCCGCAGGUCCAACGCUUCCUCCAUGAUCUCAUCCUUCAAGUCUCAUGGCCUCAAUUCCAUCACGCCGCGUGCCUCCAAUCUGACGGGUGUCGAGAUCUACUCAGUGCAGUCAUCCCGAGAGCCGACUCCGAGGGCUUCGAGCUUCAACCAAACGGACUUCUACGCCAUGUUUGCGAGCAAAACGGCAAGCCCCAAGCACGGCAACAACACCAGCAGCUUUCAGGGAGGAUGUCCGGACGUUUACUCGUUGCAGUCGUCCAAGGUGGCGACACCGAGGACAUCCAACUUCGACGAGGAGAUGAUGAAGAUGAGCAGCAGCAAUAUCGUGAACGCCAAAAGACGCGGAGGGAGGAGCAUGAGUGGAGAGCUGUUCAACGGGGGUCUUGGUAACAACGUCUUCCCUUCGUAUCCGCCUCCAAACCCAAUGUUUUCAGGGUCGACGAGUGGCAAUACGAAGAAGACGAAGGACAGUGGAAACAACAAGGAGCUGCAUAUGUUCGUGUGGAGCUCGAGCGCGUCGCCAGUGUCCGAAGGUAACAUGAGGCACGCUGUGAAUAGAGCCACUUCCACUGAACUCGGGCUCGUCGAUGCCGCUAAGGCAUCUCUUCAACAUGCAGAAACCGCUCCUGCUAAUUCCAAAGCGGGAAUGCAGGAUUUGAUAGAGAACAUGAGUCCACCACCAGGAAAGAGAAUAAUGGAUAACAAUAAGGAAGUGGAACAGAAUCAGAUAGAGGAUGGAUCAGGUGCAUGCAAGUUCCCGGUAAAUGGGUCGCCAUACACCAACAGCUGCCAGAAGAACGUGGCCGAUGAGGAAGAAGGGAUUGGAGAGAAGAAGAAGCAACAGAUGCCGCCAGCAAGUGUAAUGACAAGGCUCAUCCUCAUCAUGGUUUGGAGGAAGCUCAUCCGCAACCCGAACACCUACUCUAGUCUUCUCGGUCUCGCUUGGUCCCUCAUCUCUUACAGGUGGAACAUUGAAAUGCCCUCGAUAGUAAAGGGAUCCAUCUCGAUAUUAUCCGAUGCUGGUCUUGGAAUGGCUAUGUUCAGUCUAGGUCUGUUCAUGGCAUUGCAACCGAAGAUCAUAGCAUGCGGUAAAUCAGUGGCCACAUUUUCAAUGGCGGUGCGGUUCUUGACCGGCCCUGCUGUGAUUGCAGCGACCUCCAUAGCCAUCGGUCUUCGCGGUGUCCUAUUGCACGUCGCCAUCGUCCAGGCUGCUCUUCCCCAAGGAAUUGUGCCAUUUGUGUUUGCAAAGGAGUAUAACGUUCAUCCGGACAUACUUAGCACUGCGGUCAUUUUCGGAAUGCUGAUAGCCUUGCCCAUAACAAUACUCUACUACGUACUUCUCGGGGUCUGACUCUCUGCGAGACGAGAUGACGCAGAGUGCCAACCCAAAGCUCUCGUUUCAACUCCGAUCCGAGUCAGGCCCGAGCUGGAUUGAUGAACAGCCGCAGUAUUUGAAAUGGGCAUUGCGUUGGAAUCAGUGCACAAAAGCAUAUGAUAACAUGUCGCAUGCAACGAAUGGGGUUAGGUUAUAAGGCCUUCUUUGUGGCUCGUUUGUUCAAUGUAAUCAAUUUGUUUAGGCUUGUUUUCUCAGCGACAAGUUAGGCGGAUAGAGAUAGGGGAGACUUAGAAGUUCGUGCUUGAUAGGGGUUGAAUCUAUAUGUAAUCUUUUAUUUUACUCUUUUUUAAUGAUUUUUGGUAGUGUGCACACUAAUAUCAAUGUAGCUCUUU